AUGCAAACUGCUCUGCCUUCUUCGACAAUUGAAUCUCGAGGAUGGUACGUCAUUCUUGGAGGACAGCGGCCUGGGAUUGUGGAUACCCCGCCAAUUAUGAGUGGUGGAAAAUUCUCCCCUGCUCUUCCGGUCUUGGUGAAGUGUCAUACGCAAGCACAAGCCGAGGAUGUCGAGCGAUUCAAUGAUGUCGUCAAACCACUGAAGCAUCUGGACGAGACUACUACCGAGGCGAUCGUCGACUUGAUCAAUCAAUCCUCGGUAACACCAACAAUUCUACGUGCUCACCAAAACUUCUGGUGUGUUGUCUAUGGGAAUAGAAGUGGGAUAUUCAUGUCCAAUACCGAGGCAAUAGCCCAGGUCAAUGGCAUGACAAAAGCCAUCUUCAGGCGGAUCUCCGAGCAGAAUGGCUCUGCAUUCAAGCGGGCACUGAUCUACAUGGUGACGAAGGGAGCCAGCGAGAAGGAUCUGAGCGAGCAGAGAGCAGAUAGCUUGAGCAUUGAUCCGCAGCUGAACAGCUUAAGCACCUCAUUCCAGACCCAGUUCACCAUGCGCGUGGAGCGUUCUGAGGACGUCUCUCACGCACAACCUUCUACACCUUCUGCACGUUCUCAGGCCCGUCAAGGCGCUAUUGUCAGCAAUGCGUCUAUUCGUGCCCAUUCGCCAUCACGACAGCCUACCCCAGUGCAGCAUGGAACACCAUCUCGGAGCAGCCGUCAAGGUUCUGCUCGACACUCCGAUGACUCCCAAGAUCACGAAUAUGCGGCUGCUGCCUCCGGUCCUCCACCUGUGUAUAUCUAUCAACACGUUCGAAAUUUGGCAGGGAUUGUGAAGACGCUGCUGGGACCCUGCACGGACUCGACACCAGCUCUCUCUCUUGGGCAUCAAGCGGAUGCAUACCUGCAAGCUCAUGGCCUGAGCGGAACGUUGGAGGAAUUCAUCGAGAAGUUGGCUCCGAAGGGCAUGCCGAUCAAGGAGAUUAAGUACUUAUGGUGUCUCUGUGGUCCGUCGGACCGGAUACAGUCCUUAGAAAUAUAUCACGUGAUGUUGUUGCCUAUGUGUUUUGCACUAAGAUCCUCGGAAAAUGGCCCAGCCCGUCUCCUUUCCAAGGCCCGCAAAGUGUCCACCACAAAGGUGCGCUUUCCUUGGCGCUCUUCUGCUGGACGCAAGAGCGUCAAACGAACCCCUGCGGAGAAGGCCGUGCGAGCAGAGAAGCGCCAGGAGCGCCGUGUGACUGUCCAUCAAGCUCUCUCGGCAGCUCAUGCUCACAUCAGGGAGGAAGCCGAGAAGCUCCAUGCCGAGCUUGGUGGUCACAACGUGGACUGGUACAUCCAGCAACUCAUGCAGGAUGCUCGCUCUUCGAGGGCAAAACGGGCCCCCAACCGUUGGAAUGCGUACCUCAGUGCUGAGUUGAAGAGGUUUAAUGCUGCACUACCUUCGGGCCAGACGGCAUACAAAUCGAACAACUUACCUCCCGAAAUCAAGGCAAAGUGGGAUGCAAUGUCCCCCGAGGAGCGCAUCACUAUCACCGAUCCAUUGUUGAAGAAUCUGCAGGAUCAACGCGAGACGAAGCAACUUGCCGUGCAGAACGUGCCAAUCAACGCAUUCCAUGACGUUCGUAGCAACUUAGCGAGUGUUCAAGAACAGCUCGAGGCAUUACACGCUCGCACUGGCACAGAGAUUUUGAUGAUAGCAGUCAGAUCGAGCAACGACCACUACAAUAGACCGCAUGUUUUCUUCAUGAGCGAUCGCCUCUCCGACUUCUUCACUGUUGUCUUAAGAACUCAGUUGGCGGAUGUCGCCAUGCAAAUGGAGUCCUAUUGUCUCAGCGGUAUACAGGGUCUUGUGAGUAGGUCUCGCGACCAAGUCGCCGAACUCAAGGCUCGUAUCAACAAAAUGAUUUAUGACAAGCUGCGUGCGGCUGCGGAAGUGGAGGUACCGCGGAUGUACUACACAAACUUUGAGAAGAAGAUCACUGAGAAGCACGCUGUUGUCAUAGAAGGCUGGCCCCUCGGAAAAUUUUGCUCACCGAGCGAUCUCCGGUCUCGCACGGAACUUGAAGUGUUGUACAAAGCAUGGGAGACCGGUGAGACGAGAUUCCGCAAGAUGUCUCGUGCGGAAUACGAGACAUGGGAUGAUUCUCGUUUCCGCGCUGCCCUCGAGAAUGGCCAUGACAACGAUGAGCUUCCCGUUCCUGUGACUGCAGUCUCACUGCGCGCGCCCAAUGGCACAUCCAUAGAGGACUUAUCCACGGUUCAUUCAUCACCCUCCCCCAUCACUGUUUCUGCUGACAGCAACACCUUUGCCAAUGAAGCCGGGGGAGCCCGUGUUGUGCCCGAUGGAGUACCGACCCAUAGUCAAGCGUUGCUGGGUUCGCCGGCGGUGACUUCGACGGUGGUGACUUCGACGGCGGUGACUUCGACUGCGUCGACUACACGCAAGAGGCCCGCCAAUGCAGCUGCUAACUCGAGUAACAAGCGGCGCAAGCAAGGACCCUUUCAGGACUUCGUCAAUGUCGUGUCAGGUGUCGGGGGGGAGCUGGUGGCUGUCACGAAGAAGCCGCGUGCGACGCGCAAGGACAAGGGUGUGCCGAGGAAGAAGAAGGCCAAGGGUCCCGCAAAUGACGAGAACGGCAUGCCAUCCUCGGGCAAUGCUCCCGCCAAUAUCGUUCCCGCUCAUGCGCUCCCCUCCGCCACUGCCGUCACCAUGAACAGUGCACUGUCAUCGGGCGACACCCACGUCAUCUCCACAGCUGCUGUAUACGCAUCUCCCUCUGCCAUGGCCACUACGAAUACUACUCCCGUCUCCACCAUGUAG